AAUGGGAAGUUCAGAGCUCCGAGACAGGAUGUGGAGUCAUUUUAGGAUUGUCCAGCCCCCCCACACACACUGACAGGCACACAAAACUGGAGUCCAGCUGCAGAAGUCCACAUCUGAACAGAACAGCAUCUGGAUCGAGUUUCGGCACCCGAAAAGUCUUCAUUCUCUCUCUGGUGAUCCCUAAAGUGUGACUGAACAUCUACCGGAUUCAGGUGAUGUCUCACCUCUGGACCCAUAUAUCAGCCUUGCUACUGCUGCUGUCAGUGGCUGAAAGUCUGAGCAGCCAUGAAGGAAAUGACAAUGAAGUUAUCAAACACACAGAGGCAGAGAUCAGCAGGAGACAGGCAAGACAGAAACUGGAGAUUGAGAAUGCCAUCAGAAACGUCAGCGAAGCAACACCGAGCAACGCGCCUACUACAUCACCAACCACAGUCUCCCCAACCUCCACCCUUGCUGCUUGGUGUCCAGGUAACCAGAUGAUGCAGGAGGCCGGAGCCAGCUGUGGCUGCCCACCUGGAAUGGUGCAGAUUGGUGACAACUGCACCUGCCCUGUUGGAUUCGCCCUGCAGGGAGGAGCGGAGUGUAAAGAUGUUGAUGAGUGUGAAGUGGAGGGGCUGGGGCCAUGUGGUCCCCAUGCCAGCUGCAAAAAUAGCCACGGCUCAUACUCGUGCGCCUGUCUCCGUGGCUUCCUAAUGGGUUCUGGAGGCUGCCAGGAUGUAGAUGAAUGUGCUCUGGCUGCAGUGACGGGUCUGCAGGCCUGUCACGAUGGAGCUGAAUGCACAAACACCCUCGGCUCUUUUACCUGCUUGUGUGCUGUUGGAUAUGUGAAGGCGGUAAAUGGGAAAGGCUGUGUAGAUGAGAACGAGUGUGUGUCAGACAGCCACAGGUGUGACACCAAUGCUCGGUGUGGCAACACCAUCGGAUCGUACUUCUGCCAGUGUUACCAGGGCUUUAAUGGGGACGGACACACUUGUUUUGACAUCAACGAGUGUCUUGUUAACAACGGCUAUUGUGAACACAACUGCACCAAUGAGCCAGGAGGGUACAGCUGCCAGUGCGCCUCAGGCUUCCAGCUGGACCAGAGUGGGCGCAACUGCACAGAUGUGGACGAGUGUUUGGCUCUAAAUGGGACUUGCAAGCACAUUUGCAUCAACACUGCGGGCUCUUUCCGAUGCGCCUGCAGGCCGGGCUUCCAGCUGCACAUUGAUGGGCGCACCUGCGUAGAUAUCAAUGAAUGCAAACUCCAGAAUGGUGGCUGCUCUCAUACCUGCUCCAACGCUCCUGGAGGAUUCAUCUGCCACUGCCCACAUCCCCUUCUGUUAGACACAGACAACCUCACCUGCAGGAACAUCACAUCCUGUACGCUGAGGAAUGGCGGUUGUGAGCAUGUUUGUACCAUGACUGCUGAAGGCCAGGUCCAGUGCGGCUGUCAAGCCGGCUGGAAGCUGGGUGGCGACACCCGGAGCUGCGUGGACGUGAAUGAGUGUGGAGACUUCACAAAUGGAGGCUGUGAGCAGCUCUGUGUGAACCACCCUGGUGGAUUUAACUGUAGCUGUAGAGAGGGAUAUGAAGUUCAAACGGACGACCCCACAAAGUGUAGGCCCGUGUGUGACCCACCAUGCCAGAACUACGGGGUGUGUGUGGCUCCAAACAGCUGUGACUGUCCUCCAGGUUACCCUGGUGUGGGCUGCUCAGCCAUGUGCUCUCCCCCUUGUGCCCAUGGAGGCACCUGCAUGCGUCGGAACAUGUGUUUGUGUCCUUCUGGUUGGACAGGAGCAGGCUGCCACACAGCUGUGUGUGAGUUGCCUUGUGCAAACGGUGGUCGUUGCGUGGGCCCUGAAACCUGCCAGUGUCCCUCGGACUACACUGGCUCUCAGUGUCUUACGCCUCUGUGCACUCCUGCUUGUCAGAACGGAGGACGAUGUGUGGAUGUCAACAACUGCAUGUGCACUGGAGGGUGGCAAGGAGCUCGGUGUCAGAUAGAGCCUGUUCAGUGUCAGAAGCCUUGUAGAAAUGGCGGCGUGUGUGUGGGCAUCAACAGGUGCCGCUGUCCCAAAGGGUUCACCGGCAGCCUCUGUGAAACAGCUGUAAUCACCCCUUGUGUCCCACCCUGUCAACACGGAGCCACAUGCUGCCCUCACAACACCUGUACCUGUCCAGAGGGCACAGCAGGACUGCGAUGUGAACGGCUGACGUGCCCUGUGGUCACCAUGGUGGUCAGUGCAGCGCGUGCGGUGAGGAAGGCCUUCAGGGAGAGUUAUGUUGAUCGCUGUGGACCCUUGGGAGUUCAGCUUUGCACUAAAUACAGGAUAAACCAGGCCAGAGUUUAUCUUCAGGCCUACAGGGUGGGCUACAGAAUCCAGUGUCCUGACAAGAAGGGCAGAUAAACACUGCUGCUACCCCUAAAGAAACGUUCAUCAUUUUCACCAAAGAGCCGUUUUGGAACAACUUGCAAAGGCAAAGCCACUUGAGCCGCAUCAAGGCAACCUCUAACUGUGAAAUCAGAUGAAAUGGAAUAAGUCUGAGGAACUCUGAGGGGAGUUUCACUCUUAUAUUGUACCCUGGUGUUGGACAGAACAGUGGAUGAAAACUGUGUUAUUUUCUUUGGUUUGUGUUGACAUUAGAUGACUCUGUUUAUAAUACAGUAAUAAAAUGUUUAAUUUAUGCUUUAGGCUAUAAAAUGUUUCCAUCAAUUGUGUUAUUGUGCCAGUAGUUAGAACAGUCUUAUUGUGUGAAGAUGUUUCAUUGGUUGUUUGAACAUUUUGACAGUUAAGGGCGUGGAACACACAAAAACACACAUUUUAAUUAUUAUUUCUCAUUAUAAUCAGCCACUUUGAGUUUUUCAUGCAGGCUGAAUGUGAAAAUAGUCUCCUACACCUAUCUCCUGCAUUAAUUUCUGAUA